AUGACUGAAUCGGACCAGACGCUUCUGCAGGUACAGCGGCUGCUGCAUCGAGUACCGUUAAUCGAUGGACACAACGACUUUCCGUUCAUGCUACGCGGCUUGCACUCAAACCAACUCGACCAGGGCCAGUUGGAUAACUUCCCCAUCGGUCAAACGGACAUUGCUCGCCUGCGACGGGGCAUGGUGGGCGGGCAGUUCUGGAGCGCAUAUGUGCCAUGCUCAAAAGAACCGGAAUUAGCGCUCGAUGACCCAUACCUCGAAUGCCUCCGCCAAACGCUUCAGCAAAUCGAUGCCAUUCACCGGAUGAUCGAACGAUACCCGAAAGUGUUUGGUCUCGCCCAGAGCACCCAAGAUGUUUGGGAAAUGUUUCGAUCAGGGCGUAUAGCCAGCCUUAUUGCGAUUGAAGGUUUGCACCAGAUUGCAAACAGUCCUGGAGCCCUGAGGAUGCUGCAUCGACUCGGAGUGCGGUACGCCACCUUGACUCACACCAGAAACAACCAGUACUACGACUCGGCUACAGACGAGCCGCUCCACAAUGGCUUGAGCCAGAUUGGCAAGAAAAUGAUUCACGAGAUGAACCGUGUCGGAAUGAUGAUAGACCUAUCCCACACGAGCACAUCCACUCAACAAGCCGUCCUAGAGGUCUCGAAAGCUCCUGUAAUAUUCUCCCAUUCUGCCUGUGCCGCGCUUGUGUCACACCCGCGUAAUGUCACAGAUGAGGUACUACGCAUGCUGGAGAAGAAUGGCGGUGUUAUCAUGAUAUGCUUCCUGCGAGAGUUGGUGGAUCCGACCGGAGGUGAACAGGCCACCUGCUCGCAGGUUGUCGAUCACAUCCUACACGCGGCCAAACGGAUUGGCUAUGACCAUGUGGGGAUAGGAUCUGAUUUUGAUGGGAUGUUACAAGGGCCGAAAGAGCUAGAUGAUGUGUCUGCAUUCCCACAGCUCGUGGCCCAGCUGUUACAGCGAGGAGUAGCCGAGUCUAAUGUUGAGAAAGUCGUCGGCCUUAACAUCCUUCGAAUCAUGAAGGAGGUGGAGGAUGUGGCUUUCCAGGAACAGAAUUUCAACACCACGGACCAUCUCUGCGAUGAGAUCAGGCCGAUGUGGACGGCCGAACAGAGAGAGAUGUUACACCUCCAGGGAAGAAAACGAGGGCUUGCAUAA